AAACUCAAUCCAGUCAGUUGUAAAUAGCCGAAGAUUUACAAUAUGGUGGAAACCACUUGUCGAAUUGAAACCCAGAUUUACUCCCGAGUUGGUAUCGAGGACGACCUGUACGAUACAGGAGUGACAGCGAUAUGUAGUGUCUUAAUGAAUUAUGUAGACACCGCCAGGCAUAUCAUCUUCAACAAACGAGAAAAAAGAAACGAAGCUUACAAAAAAUUUGAGGAAAAACUUCGGGAGAUAAACAAAUCACAUCUUAGUUUUUACUAUACAGGGAGUCAGAUGCAGAAUCUGACAGCUAUUCACUGGAGAUACCCUAUCUCCUCGACUUCCCACUCCAUGGGUAGACUGUGCGACUCCGACGUAGACGUCCUCAUUGUUGAUCUCCAAAAAUAUGCCGGGGAGAGCAAGGGUCGUCACCAUGGUAACCACUACGUUUACGAAUAUUCUCCUGAACACCCUGGUUAUGUAAGAGUGUACAAGGGUCAAGGAAAAGGAAGAAAAGUCAUUUCUGGGAAGGGCUUCAAAAAGUUUUGGAAGGAGGUUGUCGAUCAAAUCGAAAUUCAUACACGAUAUACAGGAAGAGGGACUAAAUUUCCUAGCCGGGGCGAGAAAAGAUCAGGACCUGCCAUUACGAAGAUGGAGAAUGUGAACAUGCGAGACUUCAUCAAUCAUGACUUCGUUCCUGCAAUAAAACUGAAGAGCUGGCCCUCUGUUGCAAAAGAUUGGACAAAUCGCCCAAGACCAGGGAACUGGCCCUCUGCCGAUUUGCUGGAGAGGUGCUUUGGUGCCGAUUGUCAUAUUGUCCCCGUAGCUCACAAAGAAAGCUCAAAAUAUCUGAAGAAAAAGGAGUGGCGGCUCUCGUUUUCUGGAGCAGAAAUAGUUCUCGCUAAUUCCUUGACAUUUGAACAGAGACAAGCCAUCAUCAUGUCUAAGAUGAUUCUUAAGCUUUCUCUCCAAGAAGUCCUUCAGCAUAAACCAAGCCUCAAAAACUGUAAACCUGUGUCGUCUUACGAGCUGAAGACGUCCUUCUACUGGCUCCGCGAGAGGAAAAAUGACUGGGGAAAUUUAACAGACGACAUUAGAGCGAUUCUGGAAAACUUAAUCCAGUUUUUACAUCGAGGAACCUUGCCAGAUUACUUCAUACCAGAGAAGAACAUCAUAGAAAAUGUGGCUCCAGAUUUAAUUGAAGAGCUGUCAUUGAUACUUAAGGAAGUGUUCACUCAACAAGGACUGCUUUGCUUCCUACAGAAGUGUUUCUGGUACUGUUAUAACACAGAGCUCGGCGAUUUUGACUCCCUGGACGGAAGUUCCUUGAAAUGUUUGUACAAAGAGCUUCAGAAUUUCUGCGAGAGCCAAGCUCCAUCUUUGAAACUUUUAACGUUUACCAUAAUUCAUCAAUUGCUAAAUCUUUUCACUGCUGCAAUUGAUGGAAUAAAUUGUCGCCUCUGGAUCUUGGAUCCUAAGCCAGUCCUUUUCGACAUCAAAUAUAUUCAGGAAAGCCUGAUGAAAAAAGCAGCUAUUCAAAUGGAAGUCGUUAACGUUAGCCAACUGGAGAACUUCUUUCAAGAUAACGCGUCCUUUUCCUUUGACCUGCUAUCUGACCUGUCGGAUCUGCUGUUCGGGGUUCUAUCUCAGCAGACGGUCCUUGAGGCGCUCGGAGAGAGUAUUUGGAGCGUGGUCGCGUGCUUGCUAGCAAGACAUUGCAUCACAGCAGGCCUCUAUCACGAAAUGAAGCAGGAAGUCCUAGAUUUCGCUAGUCUGUUAGAGGCAAACCCGGACAACUCAGCUCUAAAAGACAUGGCGAUUCAGGUCCAUGGUAGUAUGGAAAAUUUCCAGACUGCAGUAGCGCGCGCAAGUGACAAUGCGGAUAAUGUGUACCGGUUUUACGAACAGCUGUGCCAGGACUCUAUGCUGUUUUAUUUUGAAGUUUGUGAACGAUUCCCUGUAAGUGAGGGGUAUUAUUGUGACGAUGAGAGAAUUGCAGUCCAUGGUAUGGAAUCCAUUAUAAAACGCAUACCGGAAAUAAUGGAAGACGAGAUGUUAGGGACACCUGAACUAUGGCACAGGGUUCAGAUAUUGUUGGAAAAGCGAGUGGACUUUCAUGCGAGAGAAUUCUGAAAAAAGAUUAAAUAAUUU